AUGAGAAAUUCUGGGAGGACCUCACCGUUAGUGUUCGAACCGGAAAUCGAGUGGGUCGUACGAAGAACCCUAGCCAACCGGUUAGAGGCAACCCUUGUCUCUAAUCCACUCAAUACCAACUCACCACCUACACCAUCUUUUGGGCUCAUUCAAAUGGAUCCUCAAAACUCUAACCAGCCCAACAACAAAACCGAACACCAAUUUCAAUACCAAGAUUACCCUCGCCCGAACCAAAAUGUUCAAAAUGAUCGUCCGGCAAGUGGUAACAAUUCAAGACCACCAACACCACAAUUCCAAACUCGUACCCAAAACCAAAACAACAAUCAACGUACACCCACGCCUCCAUCUCAAAACCAAGAUUGCCAAAGCCCAUUACCACACAGUCUCAAUAACCAAAAUGUUAAUCCCAACCGUGGGGUUAACCAAAAUCGUGGCAUUCCCAAGAACGAAGCUCAAUUUCUCAAUCUCGACGAUUUGAGAAACAAUAUUCCUGAUGAAGAAUCGUAUAGCGUUCCUGGUUAUCAAUCACCGGAACAUGUGAGUGUUCAUUCAGGAUACUCGAACAAUGGAGGGAAUUAUAACGAGAGGUUGGAAGACGAAGUAUGGGGUGACGAUAAUGCGGGGAAUUUAUACAAUGCUCGGGGAUUUGAGUAUAAAGAUAUUGGCUACCAAAAUGCCAAUUAUGUGGGGAACAAUGAGUAUUACAAGUACGAUUAUGCCCGCAAUGAUGGUUAUGGCAAUAACCAUCAACCACAAAACAACCAACGGAACCGGGAUGAUGGAAAUUACAAUAACAACAACAAUGCCAACCGUAACCGGAUUCCACAAUUCGUGGGCGGAGAACAUACCUCGGUCUUGUGA